GCGCUCCGCCCCGUACGCGUAAGUUCUCGCGCGAGUUCUACUUCCGCCCUUUUGGCUCCCUGAGCAGCACCAUGGCGGUGGGCAAGAACAAGCGCCUGACGAAAGGUGGCAAAAAGGGAGCAAAGAAGAAAGUGGUUGAUCCAUUUUCUAAGAAAGAUUGGUAUGAUGUGAAAGCACCAGCUAUGUUCAACAUAAGAAACAUUGGGAAAACGCUCGUCACAAGAACUCAAGGAACCAAAAUCGCAUCGGAUGGUCUGAAGGGCCGUGUAUUUGAAGUGAGCCUAGCUGACCUGCAGAAUGAUGAAGUUGCAUUUAGAAAAUUCAAGCUAAUUACUGAGGAUGUCCAGGGCAAAAACUGCCUGACUAAUUUCCAUGGCAUGGAUCUUACCCGGGACAAAAUGUGCUCCAUGGUCAAAAAAUGGCAGACCAUGAUCGAAGCUCAUGUUGAUGUCAAGACUACCGAUGGGUAUUUGCUUCGUUUAUUCUGUGUUGGUUUUACUAAAAAACGCAACAAUCAGAUUCGGAAGACCUCUUAUGCUCAGCAUCAACAGGUCCGCCAGAUCCGGAAGAAAAUGAUGGAAAUCAUGACCCGAGAGGUGCAGACAAAUGACUUGAAAGAAGUGGUCAAUAAAUUGAUCCCAGAUAGCAUUGGGAAAGACAUAGAAAAGGCUUGCCAGUCUAUUUAUCCACUUCAUGAUGUCUUUGUUAGAAAAGUCAAAAUGCUGAAGAAGCCCAAGUUUGAAUUGGGAAAACUCAUGGAGCUUCAUGGUGAAGGUAGCAGUUCUGGAAAAGCUACGGGGGACGAGACAGGCGCUAAAGUUGAACGAGCUGAUGGAUAUGAGCCCCCAGUCCAAGAAUCUGUUUAAAUUCAGACACUUAAUGGUGGCAAAUAAAAAGGCCUAUUUGUGAUACUUUAUUUCUAAUCAUUCUUUUAAAACAAUCUUACAGCUUGGUGAAUGACAUGCUCUGAAUUGACAGUGACAUGAACUUUUCUGGAUUUUAUCUCUUGCUCUGUGUAGCUGGGAAAGGGUAGAGAUUAUUUAAAGCUGUAGUGAUCUGGAGGUGUUCAGAAAUGGCUAAUGAAAUCCUUUUUUAA